GUUAACGGCCCCGGGUGAAGGCAGCGAGGGGCUGGGAGGGUCGGUUGAGGCGGUUUGGGCCCGGCGGCGGCGGCGGCGGCACCCCGCUCCCCUUUGCUGACCUCGGUGAGACGCCGUCCUCUCCCCCCGCUUCCCCCUGCGCAUCCCGGUUCCAUGGCCUGAGCCCCCCUCCUCCUCCUCCUCCGUUACCGGCUCCCGGCGACUCCCCCGCUCCCUUCCCGGUGCAGCGGCCAAGGGCCCAGACCCGCGGGGAGCCCCAGCCCCGUUCCCGGUGCCCCGUGCGGUUCCCCCGCAGCCCCGUCCCGGAGCUCGGGGGAAGCCCCCUCGCCGCCGGUACCGCCCGGCCGUGUUCCCCCCGCCCCACCGGGACCGGGACCCCCUGCAGCGGACACCGAGCCCCCCAUCCCCGGAGAGCCGGCGAGGGCUCUGGGGCUGUCCUUGCCGCAGGGACCGGGGGGGUCCCCGCCGGUCUGCGGGGCCGGCGGGGGACCGGUCCCGUGUCCCCCCGGUGUGUCCGUCCCCGCAGGAAGUGGCCGGGAAAUGGCAGCCGGUUGUUGCGUCUCGUUGUUUUUGAAACGUCCUUUUUAAUCAGGUCGCGUCACGCUCCCGGCGCCUCCCGGUGCCACCGGGGCCGCACAACCGGGGAAGCACCGGGGAACGGCAGCGGCUCCACGGCACCGACGGUUCCCCCCCAGCCUGGAGCUCUGUCCCCUCCCGGGGACAGCUCCGGUGUCCCCGCGGGGAUCCCAGGGCCCGGUGGUGCCGCUGCCACCGGGUUUGACACCGGGCGGGCGGCGCUGCCACGUCGGCCGUGCCCGGUGCGACCAGAGCCAGGCUCGGUGCCGCCUUGUCACCCACCAUCACUGCCCUCGGUGCUGCCAUCCGAGGCUCUCCUGCCCCUCGCCCUCCUCACCUUGCCCGGCUCCGGUUUCUCGCCGUGGCCCAGUUUCAGCUCCACGCUCAGGGCGGGGGGAGCGGGCCCACGGGAGCCCCGGUGAGGGUGGGAGGUGACAAGUGGCCUUGGGUGGCCGUGGAUGAGCACGGAUGAGCACGGAUCGCCGGUGUCCUGGCGCUGGCCGAGCUCCCAGCGAUGCCAAGGCCGGCUCUGGCCUCUGCCAGGCCUGGCACCCUGGAGCGAGGGUGACAUUCCCACUUUGCUUUCAUUUUCCCCCAGCGCCUUCCCCACGUUCCCAAACCAUCCCAGUCCAGCUCCGUGUGCCACCUGCAGCCUCCACCUGCCCGGUGGCCCUGGCACAUCCCUCGGUGGCCCUGGCAUGGCCCUGGCACAUCCCUCGGUGGCUCUGGCACAGCUCUGACCUCCAGAGCCGGCAGCGCCUUCCUGGCCGGCACUUCACACACGGGGUGGGACCGGAAAGGCUUUUCCUUAUCCAGCCCCAAAAGGCUUUUCCUUAUCCAGCCCCGGUGUCCCCACGGUGUCCCCACGCCCGGGGGUUCCAGCCGGCUCGGGCCAGCGGCCGGCUCGGGGCUCAGGGGAGGCGGCUCCAGGGCCAUCCCGGGAGUUGUGGCUGCGGCGGCGUCACCGCCCAUACGGGUUCCUCCGGUGCGUGAAUCACCCGGCGGCCCUGGCCAGGCUUUGGUGGCCCCUGUGGCCCUGCCAGGGCACCAGCUGAGGGUGUGAUGAAAUCGGGGUUUCGACACGGGGCUGUGCCACCAGCGCUGCUGCUGAAGUGCCGAGCGCGGCGGCCUUGGCCCUUCCGGAGAGGUCGGCGCCGCCUUGGCCGGUGGCAAGCGUGGCACAAGCAGUGGUGGCAGCUCCCUGGGGUGUCCCUGUGGGUCCCCACCAGCACUGGGGCUCCCUCCUCAUCUGCUGGGCUUGCAGGGCCUCAGUUCCCUCAGUUCCAUCGCAGGAUGGACCCACCAGGAUCCCUCCCUGUGGGCUCGGGUUUGAGGGAACAUUUGGGGGGUUCCUGAGGGAUGAAGGUCACCAGGAUCCCUCCUGAACCCCAGGCCUCGGGUUUGAGGGAGUAUUUGGGGUUCCUGGGGGAUGAAUUCACCAGGAUCCCUCCCUGUGGCCUCGGGUUUGGGGUUCCUGGGGGAUGAAGGUCACCAGGGUCACCAGGAUCCCUCCUGAACCCCAGGCCUCGCGUUUGAGGGAGCGUUUGGGGUUCCUGGGGGAUGAAGGUCACCAGGCUCCUGCCCAAGCCAGCGCUGGGGCUUCAGCUCCCAGCAAAGCCCAGCCUCAAACCCUGGAGCUGUGCCGGGAGAACGGGGUGUGGGGUCCCCUCCACCUUGAGGGGCACGGCAGGGACACUGUGUCACCACAGGGUCAUCCCUGUGCCAGGAGCGUUGGCUGUGCUGGCUCCUCUUGGGGUCACUGAGCUGCUUUGGGGGGUCUCUUGUCCUUGGCUGGGAGCGCAGGAGCAGCCACGGGAUGGUGGCACACGGUGGUCACACCUUGGUGAUGGCUGUCCCUGGGGUGACAGGCUGUGCUCAAGCCGGUGGCAGCUCGUCCAGCUGGGAUGGCUGGGCCUGGGCCAGGUGCCCUCUCAGUCCUGGGGGGCUUCAGUGUCACUCGUCACCCUCCCCAGGCUGGGGACCACAAAGGGUCAGUGGUGGGUGGGUCACCACAGUGGCCACCCCAGUCCACACCAGUGACUGACCCCAUCUUGUCCCCCCGCGCAGAAAUGGAAACAAACAACCAUUUGAACUUCACUGGCCUUUCCUCUGCACCCGCUGCCUCAGGACCGAAACCCACGCCUGCCUCAGGGGACUCCCCCUUCGCCCACAGCUCCCCGCUCAGCUUCCCCCAGCAAGGGAAAAGUCUGAACGGGGGCAUGAAUGUCAAUGGCUUCUCUACUGUAUCCCACCCCGGUACUUCAGGGACCUUCUCACCCGGCUCUGCUCCCGCCGGGGCCCAGCCCCUCCGCUCCUACGACUGCCUGUGGGACUACUCGCCCUACACGCCCGCCGGUGGUGGUGGCCUCAAGGACGGGGGGGGCCCUCCCAACCUCGGACAGUUCCCCCUCAACGGCGUGGCCGGGGGCUCCCGGCCGGCCUCGCCGGGGCACGGCACCAACCUGCGGCCAACCGGGCAGGAGCUGUGGGGCAACGGCACCGCGGGGCCCAUGGGGCUGAGCUUCGACUCGCAGGAGCUCUACGACUCCUUCCACGAGCAGGGCUUUGAGUUGAUGCAGAACGGGCCCGAGGGGUUCUACGCCGCGGGUCAGUCCUCGCCCGUGCUGAGCUCGGACACGCAGCCCUUCCCAAACGAGCCAGAGCCCAGCCAGGGAGACGCUGAGGGUGCAGCCAAAGAGAUGCCCAGCACCACAAACACCACCAGCAGCACCAUCAUGGAGAACGGGGGUGGGCUGGUGGGCAGCCAGGAGCUGGAGGAGGCACAGCCAGACCUGAAGAUCUGCAGCUACAACGGGGCCGCAGCUGCUGGCACGGGGUCACUGGGGCCAGAGGGGCCCAGUGGGUGCCUGGGGGAGGCAUCACCCAUCGCCCCGCGGCUGGAGGACACCCACAUGCUCAGCGAGGACCCCCUGGAGCCCUUCGAGUCCCUGGCCAGAGACCCCGGCACCGGCGAUUUGUACGCGAUGGACGACUCGCAGCUGGUGAGCGACAAGUCCUCCUUGGAGGAGCCCCCCGACCUGGCCGCCAGCCCCCCACUCCACGCCGGCCCCUUCAGCCUGCUGCCCGCCAGCCCCUCGCCCGCCCCGCUGCUCGAUGCCCCCGGCUCGCCGCCCGCCCUGCCCGGCGACAACGGCGAGCUGAAGAGCGGCGACCACGCGGGGCUGCGGGACUCGGGGUCCCUGGAGCUCGACCCUCCGUUGGAACCGGAGUCUCCGGUCCCGUCUGCUGAGGAGGAGGAGGAGGAGGAGGAGGAAGAAGAGGAGGAGGAGGAGGAGGAGGCUGCCGACAGCUGCCCGGAGACUUCGGCCGCGCCAGGAGACGGAGAGAGCGAGGAGCCCGCCCUGCUGAGUGCCUCGGGGGCAGGUGAUGUCCCUCGGCGGCGCAUCGCCACGCAGGAGGAGGUGCGCUUCCCGCUGCAGCACGGGUGGAGGCGGGAGGUCCGCAUCAAGAAGGGGAACCAUCGCUGGCAGGGCGAGACCUGGUACUACGGCCCCUGCGGGAAGAGGAUGAAGCAAUUCCCGGAGGUCAUCAAGUACCUGAGCAGGAACAUGGUGCAGGACGUGCGGCGCGAGCACUUCAGCUUCAGCCCCCGCAUGCCCGUGGGCGACUUCUACGAGGAGAGGGACACGCCAGAGGGCGUGCAGUGGGUGAAGCUGAGCCCCGAGGAGAUCCCCGGGCGCAUCCAGGCCAUCACGGGCAAGCGCGGCCGGCCCCGCAACGCCGAGAAGGUCAAACCCAAGGAGCCCCCGGCCACCAAACGGGGCAGGGGCCGCCCACCCAAGGUCAGGAUGGUGGAUUUGCUCAGCAAGACGGACGCGCGGCUGCUGAAGAGGCUGGAAGCACAAGAGGUGCUCAGCGAGGAGGACAAGUUGAAGAUGAGCAAGAUCAAGAAGAAAAUGAGGCGGAAGGCCAAGAACAAGCAGAAGCAGGAGGCCAAAGCCCCCAGGACCAAGGAGGCCAAGAAGAAAUCCAAGGCCAAGGAGAAGAAGGGGAAGGCAGAGAAGGGCAAGGACAAGGCCAGGCCCAAGGAGAAGAAGGCCAAGGGGGCUCGGAAGGCAGACAAGGGGCUGCUGGCCCAGCGGCGCCUGGAGGAGCGGCGGCGGCAGCAGCUCAUCCUGGAGGAGAUGAAGAAACCCACAGAGGACAUGUGCCUGGGGGACCACCAGCCCCUCCCGGCCUUCUCCCGCAUCCCGGGGCUGGUCCUGCCCAGCCGUGCCUUCUCCGACUGCCUGACGGUGGUGGAGUUCCUGCAGAGCUACGGGAAGGUGCUGGGGCUGGAGCCAGCCCGGGACGUGCCCACGCUGGGGGCGCUGCAGGAGGGGCUGCUGGGGGUGGCCCCCGGGGCGGGGCAGCUGCAGGACCUGCUGGUGAGGCUGCUGCAGGCGGCGCUCUGCGACCCGGGGCUGCCACCCUACUGCCAGUCCCUGAAGAUCCUGGGGGAGAAAGUGUCGGAGAUCAGCCUGAACAGGGACACGGUGUCGGAGGUGCUGCGCUGCUUCCUGACGGCGCACGGCGCGGGCGCGGAUCUGUGCGAGGGGCUGCGCACCAAACCCUUCCAGGCGCUGCCCCCCGAGCUCAAAGCCUCCAUCCUGGUCUUCCUCAUCAACGAGCUCAACAGCAGCGCCCUCAUCGUCAGUGAGAUCGACAAGACCUUGGAGAGCAUGGCCAACUACAGGAAGAGCAAGUGGAUCAUUGAGGGGCGACUGCGCAGGCUGAAGGUCGCCCUGGCCAAGAAGACGGGCCGUCCUGAGUCGGAGAUCACGGGGCUGGAGGACGGCCGGCGCCGGCGCAGCUCCCGCCUGACCGAGGACGUGGGGCUGGAGAUGGAGGAGGAGGAGGAGACCCGGGGGCGAAGAUCCCGCCGGGAGGAGGAGGCUGACACGUCUGCAUCCAGCGUGCCGGAGCUGGAGCGGCAGAUCGAGAAGCUGGCCAAGAGGCAGAUGUUCUUCCGCAAGAAGCUGCUGCAUUCCUCCCAGACCCUGCGUGCAGCAUGCCUGGGCCAGGACCGGUUCCGGAGGCGCUACUGGGUCCUGCCCCACCUGGGCGGCAUCUUCGUGGAGGGCGCCGAGGCAGCUGAGGUGGUGGCUCAGGAGCCUCCUGAGGAGAAGAUGUCCCCGCUGGUGUCGCCGGUGAAGGAGGAGCCGGCCGCCGUGCCCGUCGCCAGCCGGACGAGCUGCCCGACCUCGGCCUCCCGUGCCCGGGGGAGGCCCCGGAAAAGCAAAGAGGAGCUGGCCCAGCACUGCCAGCCCUGCCCCGUGCCCAUCAACGGCGUCCUGGAGGAGCCAGAGCCCCUGGGGCAGAGCCAGCACGACCUCAGCCAGUCGGCGUUCCUGUCCUGGCUGAGCCAGACCCAGUCGUCCCUGCUCAAGGACUCUGUUCUCACCCCGGCCAGCAGCCCUGGCAAAGGCGACACGGGGCUCCCCGAGGCCCCCUCGGACCCCAUGGAGGAGGAAGAGGAGGAGGAGGAAGAGGAGAGAGCCCCGGAGGCUGUGGCAAAGAGAGGGCCCUGGUUUAACCUGCUGCCCCGCACGCCUUGCGACGACCGAGCCCCCCUCGCUACCUCCUCGGCCGAGCCCUCGCCACGAGCCCCCGCAGCCCCCCGCAGCCAGAGCAGGGGGGAGCCCCCCAAGGGCUCAGCACGGCAGCUGAACGGCCUCCCCUCAGACGACCCCACAGCCCCCCUGCUCGCCUCCACGCCGGUGCACGCCGGCCCCAGGGCCCACGGCGCCUGCCCCCGCAGCCAGGGCAGCCUGGAAAAGCUCCAGGACGUGCCAGGGCAGCCCAAACGCCGAGGGAGACCCCCCACCAAAUUCUUCAAGCAGAUGGAGCAGAAAUACCUGACGCAGCUGACGGAGCAGCCGGUGCCCACCGAGAUGCAGAGUGGCUGGUGGUGGCUGAGGGACCCCGAGGAGCUGGAGGCCGUGGCACGGGCGCUGCACCCACGUGGCAUCAGGGAGAAAGCCCUGCACAAGCACCUGACCAAGCACAAGGAGUUCUUGCGUGAGGUUUGCCUCAGGAGCACCACUGACCCCAUCUUCCACCCUCGCCCGGACCCGGCCAGCACCGCGGUGUCUCGGGAGGCCCUGGCUCAGUGGUCAGUGCUGGACAGAGCCUACGAGACCGACCUGGGCGUGCUGCAGUGGGUGGAGGAGCUGGAGCAGCGCGUCCUCAUGGCCGACCUGCAGAUCCGGGGCUGGACGUGUCCGAGCCCGGACUCGACGAGGGAUGACCUGAGGUACUGCGAGCACAAAGUGGAGCCGCUGGAGGACAUCACGGUGCGCAGCAGCCGGCGGGAGGCGCCGCCCGUGCGCCGGGAGCUCACCAACCCCCUGGACCUGGCCGUGCUGCGGCUGGCGGCGCUGGAGCAGAACCUGGAGCGCCGCUACCUCAAGGAGCCGCUGUGGCCGCUGCACGAGGUGGUGGUGGAGAAAGCCGUGCUGAGCAACCCCGAGGAGCUGGGCGUGGGCUCCACCGAGAUCUCGUACGAGAUCACGCCGCGGGUGCGGACGUGGCGGCAGACGCUGGAGCGCUGCCGCAGCGCCGCCCAGGUGUCCCUGUGCCUCCUCCAGCUGGAGAAAUCCAUCGCCUGGGAGAAAUCCGUCAACAGAGUGACCUGCCUGGUUUGUCGGAGAGGGGAUGACGACGAGCACCUGCUGCUGUGCGACGGCUGCGACCGCGGCUGCCACCUCUACUGCCACCGGCCCCGCAUGACAGAGGUGCCCGAGGGGGAUUGGUUCUGCUCCGUCUGCGUGGCCAGGGCCGGGCAGUACCGGGACCCCAUCUCACCCCGGCGAGGCAAGAAACGGAAACGGGGCCGGGGGCUCGGGGGGAGCCCCGGCGAGGAGGAGGAGGAGGAGCCGAGCCCGCGGCGGCGCCGCCCGGCCCCGAGGCACCGGCGGGGGCCGCCCCCGGUGUCCCCCCGGUGUCCCCCCGGCGAGGCUCCGAGCCCGGCCCGCAGGAGGAGCGGGGCCCUGCGGGGCCAGCCCAGCGACCUGACCUUCUGCGAGAUCAUCCUGAUGGAGAUGGAGUCCCACGAGGACGCCUGGCCCUUCCUGGAGCCCGUCAACCCCCGCCUGGUCCCCGGCUACCGCAGGAUCAUCAAGAAGCCCAUGGACUUCGGCACCAUGCGCGCCAGGCUGCUGCGGGGAGGGUACUCGAGCUCGGCAGAGUUUGCAGCCGACGCGCUUUUGGUGUUCGACAACUGCCAGACCUUCAACGAGGACGACUCGGCCGUGGGCCGGGCGGGCCACGCCAUGCGCCGGUUCUUCCAGAGCCGGUGGGAGGAAUUUUAUCAGGGAAAAAACGCUCCCAACCCCUGAAGGGGGGAAUCCGGGGGUCUCCCCAAGCCCCCCCACCCACCACCACCACGAACUGCCUCCACUGGAGCUGCUCUCGCUGCCUGCUGAUCCCACAUUUUGGGGGUUUUUUUCCCCCCCUAAAAAACCUCCCAGCAGCAUGAAUGGGCCCCCCACCACCCUCUAAAGCCACCCCUCACUAUGAGGCCCCUUCAUGCUGCUUGGACCCCCUCCCCAAAAAAUCCUGCCCCGUUCCCCGCCCCAUUCCCCUUUUUUAAUUUUUUUUUUUUCCCAGCACCACAAAAGUCACAGAUUUGU